GCGCGCUCUGUGCCCGGGGGUGUCCCAGGGGGAGCUCAGAAGAUGUGUGCUGGGAAAAGCGGGAGCCUUUCUGCUCCGGCUUCCUGCUGCUCCCCAUAGAUGAAUCCUGGUUUCCAGCAGAGACCCCCGGCCGGAGCCCAGAGGAAGGAACAGGCAUCGUUUCCUCCAGUGCUUUAGCGUGAGAUACAGCAGGGAUUUCCCAGAAGAAAGCCCUGACGGGCUGUAUGCGCUUCCGUGCAGUCCUAGAGGGGUGUUGCACGUGGCCUGGAGAGAGCAUUUGGAAAGCUGCCGAGUCACCCUGGCCACUCUGCAGCCUUGGCAGUCCCGGCCUGAGUCUCCCACCCCAUUGCUUGACCCCUCCCCAGUCACUAAGGGAAAAGGAGAUCUCAACAUGCAGUUGGAACAUCUCUCAUCUGUUCUCGAUUCUAGAUGAUGCCACUGAUGCUCCUUAUCAAGAUGAUUGGGUGGAUACUGUUUUUGUGCCUCAGGGGAAACCCAGAGGCCCUCCUGGUGGAUUACCAGAAUGGAGUCCUGUCGCUAAGCUUGGGCUGGAUGCCAGAGGUCCUGAGAGACGGAAAGAGGCACUGAAAAGCGGAAAAUAUCCGCAGAGGCUCUCCCAUGUCCUGAAGAAAAUCAUGAAGGAGAAGGCAGCACAUGAGACAGACGGAGAGCCUGUGCACAGGGAUGCAUUUCAGCGAGGCAGCCGUCUCACGCUGCACGUCCCUUCGGGAGAAACAGAGGCCACGCACACGACCGGCGCUCCAGUGCUGUCAGAGCCCCAGAAAGCCCAACACAACUGGAUCUAUGGGUUUUUUCUGAAGAAUCCAGGUGUGGAUGCUGAAGGACGUGCAAACGCCGAACAAGUUAAAGAUGCACAGAAGUUGUACCUGGAACUUGCCGUAUCUGUUCCAGUUUCCCUAUUGCUAGGGAUGAUUCUGUGCUGUCUUCUUUUCUGGUGGUGCAGGAAGAGAAAGCAGCGCCUGGCUGCAGCUGAUGAAGCGCAGGACGAUGCCAGCAGCGACAGCUCGCAGUCAGACGAAGAGUCUGCUGACCUCGAGUGGCCCGACAGACGGACACCCCGCCAACCACCUGUGCGGGAACAACCUGUCCACCUGCCGCAGGGCACCACCAGAGCGGCCCCUGCCAGGCUGGACAAUACCUGGAUGACUCAAGUCCCCCAUGAGAACCAGUGCACGGAAUUGCAAGGCUCCUUCCAGCUGCGUGCAGAAGGCUUCAUCAACUUCAUCCUCCUGAUCUGGUGA